CGCAGCCGCUCCCGCAGCCGCAGCCGCAGCCGCAGCCGCAGCCGCAGCGGGCCCCGAGCAGGUAGAUGGCCCCCCCAGGGCAGGCCCUGCGGACACCCCUCCCUCUCCCUCCGGCUGGCGGAUGCAGUGCCUAGCGGCUGCUCCUAAGGACGAGCCCAACAUGAGUGGGGGAGGGGAGCAGGCCGACAUCCUGCCGGCCAACUACGUGGUCAAGGAUCGCUGGAAGGUGCUGAAAAAGAUCGGCGGUGGGGGCUUUGGUGAGAUCUACGAGGCCAUGGACCUGCUGACCCGGGAGAAUGUGGCCCUCAAGGUGGAGUCGGCCCAGCAGCCCAAGCAAGUCCUCAAGAUGGAGGUGGCUGUGCUCAAGAAGCUGCAAGGGAAGGACCAUGUGUGCAGGUUCAUUGGCUGUGGUCGCAACGAGAAGUUCAACUAUGUGGUGAUGCAACUGCAGGGCCGAAAUCUGGCCGACCUGCGCCGCAGCCAGCCGCGGGGCACCUUCACACUGAGCACCACACUGCGGCUGGGCAAGCAGAUCCUGGAGUCCAUCGAGGCCAUCCACUCGGUGGGCUUCCUGCACCGGGACAUCAAGCCGUCUAACUUCGCCAUGGGCCGGCUGCCCUCUACCUACCGGAAGUGCUACAUGCUGGAUUUCGGGCUGGCCCGGCAAUACACCAACACCACGGGGGACGUUCGGCCUCCUCGCAAUGUGGCCGGGUUUCGAGGGACUGUCCGCUAUGCCUCGGUCAAUGCCCACAAGAACCGGGAGAUGGGUCGCCAUGAUGAUCUGUGGUCCCUCUUCUACAUGCUGGUGGAGUUUGCCGUGGGCCAGCUGCCCUGGAGGAAGAUCAAAGACAAGGAGCAGGUUGGGAUGAUCAAGGAGAAGUACGAGCACCGGAUGCUGCUGAAACACAUGCCCUCCGAGUUCCACCUCUUCCUGGAUCACAUUGCCAGCCUGGAUUACUUCACAAAGCCAGAUUACCAGCUGAUCAUGUCAGUGUUUGAGAACAGCAUGAAGGAGCGGGGCAUUGCGGAGAAUGAGGCCUUUGACUGGGAGAAGGCUGGCACCGACGCCCUACUGUCCACAAGCACCUCCACUCCGCCCCAGCAGAAUACCAGGCAGACGGCAGCCAUGUUCGGUGUGGUGAACGUGACGCCUGUGCCAGGAGAUGUGCUCCGAGAGAACACAGAGGACGUGCUGCAGGGCGAGCACCUGAGUGACCAGGAGAACGCGCCCCCGAUCCUGCCUGGGCGGCCACCCGAAGGACUGGGCACAGGCUCCCACCUCUCCCCGCACCCCGGGGGUCCCGAGGCUGAAGUCUGGGAGGAGACGGAUGUCAACAGGAACAAGCUCAGGAUUAACAUCGGCAAAACGCCCUUAGUGGCAGAAGAGGAGCAGAGCCGGGGCAUGGGGGUCCCCAGCUCGCCGGUGCGUGCACCCCCAGACUCGCCCACAACCCCCGUCCGCUCGCUGCGAUACCGGAGGGUGAACAGCCCCGAGUCGGAGAGGCUGUCCACAGCCGACGGGCGGGUGGAGUUGCAUGAAAGGAGGUCGCGCAUGGACCUGCCCGGCUCGCCCUCACGCCAGGCCUGCUCGUCGCAGCCUGCGCAGAUGCUGUCGGUGGACACGGGCCACGUCGACCGCCAGGCCAGCGGCCGCAUGGACGUGUCCGCCUCCGUGGAGCAGGAGGCCCUGAGCAACGCCUUCCGCUCGGUGCCCUUGGCCGAGGAGGAGGACUUCGACAGCAAGGAGUGGGUCAUCAUCGACAAGGAGACGGAGCUCAAGGACUUCCCCCCGGGGGCCGAGCCCAGCACGUCGGGCACGACGGACGAGGAGCCCGAGGAACUGCGGCCGCUGCCCGAGGAGGGCGAGGAGCGGCGGCGGCCAGGGACCGAGCCCGCUGUCCGGCCCCGGGGACGCGGCAUGCAGACUCUGGCCGAGGAAGAGCCACGGCAGAUGUCGCCCCAGCCCCUGCACCCCCAGCUGAGCCAGGCCGACGGGCGCUCAGAGACCUCGCAGCCCCCCACGCCGGGCAGCCCUUCCCACUCGCCCCUGCACUCGGGACCGCGGCCUCGGCGGAGAGAGUCGGAUCCCACGGGCCCGCAGAGACAGGUGUUGUCGGUGUCACCCCUGUUUGAGGUGAAUGGUCUCCCCCGAGCUGUGCCCCUGAACCUGCCCUACCAGCACUUCAAGAAAGAUCUGUCGGACUACCGUGAGCGUGCCCGGCUGCUCCACAGAGGGUGCAAGACUGGCCUCUCACACAUGCUGCUCUCUGCCCCCAAGCUCCCCCGAGCCCCUGUGCAGCCUCAAGCCAAUGGGAAGGAGGAGAAAGAGGAGGAGGAAGAGGAGGAGGCAGGAGAGGAGGAAGAAGAGGAAGAGGAGGAAGAGGAGGAAGAAGAUGAAGAGGAGGAGGAAGAGGAGGAAGAAGAGGAAGAGGAAGAGGAGGAGGAGGAAGAAGAGGAAGAGGAGGAGGCUGUGGCCCUGGAGGAGGUGCUAGGGCCCCGCAGCGGUUCCAGCAGCGAGGGGAGCGAGAGGAGCACUGACCGCAGCCAGGAAGGCGCCCCGUCCACACUGCUGGCCGAUGACCAGAAGGAGUCGAGGGGCCGGGCCUCCAUGGCCGACGGGGACCUGGAGCCCGAGGAGGGGUCCAAAACGCUGGUGCUCGUCUCCCCUGGAGACAUGAAGAAGUCGCCCGUCACUGCCGACUUGGCCCCCGACCCUGACCUGGGCACCCUGGCUGCCCUCACGCCUCAGCAUGAGCGGGCUCUGCCCACGGGCAGCCAGCUGGACGUGUCCGAGCCGGGCACACUGUCGUCGGUCCUCAAGUCCGAGCAGAAGCCCCCGCCGACACCGCCGGCCACUGGGGCCGCUGGCGCAGGGGUGGUGGCCGUCACCUCGUCGCCCUUCACCAAAGUCGAGAGGACCUUCGUGCACAUCGCGGAGAAAAGCCACCUCAAUGUCAUGUCUUCUGGGGCACAAGCGUCUCGGCCCGAGGAGCUCAGUGCCAGGGCAGAGCUGGGCCCCGAGGCAGCCUCUGAUGGGGGGGCUGCAGAGGAGGGAGGUCCCGUACCCCUAGAGAACGGCCUUGUCCCCUCAGGCCCGGAGGGGGUCAAGAUGACGGAGACCCCGCCAGGACCCCUGGCAGACCCCACGACAGAGGUGGCCGAGGACUCACUGCCCAAUGGCCCAGUCCUGGCUGACGGGCCUGCCCCGGCUCCCCGCCAGGAGCCAGGCCCCGAAGAGAGACUGGGCCCUCCGUCCCCUAACCACCAGGCCCGGGUGGGGCCCCGGCCCCGGAGCCGCAUCCCCGUGCUGCUGUCCGAGGAGGACACAGGCUCGGAGCCCUCGGGCUCACUGUCGGCCAAAGAGCGGUGGGGCAAGAGGGCACGGGCCCCCCAGGACCUGGCACGGCUGGUGAUGGAGAAGAGGCAGGGCCGGCUGCUGCUGCUGCGGCUGGCCUCUGGGGCUUCGUCCUCCUCCAGCGAGGAGCGGCGGAGGCCUUCGGAGACACUGUCGGGCACCUGCUCCGAGGAGGACACACCCGCCUCGGAGCCUGCCGGGGCCACCACCGCCACCGGCCGGCUGCCCCGGAGCCGGAUACCCCGCCUGGUCAGUGUCCGGGCGUCCAUGCCUGCAGCUCCCCAGCAGCUCCCCCACCGACCCCAGGGAACCCCAGCAUCCGACACAGCCAUCACCAGCAGGCUCCAGCCGCAGAAGCCCUCGGGGCCGGCCACUGCUGCUGACCUCCGGCCCAAGCAGCCCCUGGCCCGGGGCCCGGGGCCUGGGCGCGCCCCCACCGGCUCCCGGCCCGCAGGCCCGCGCAGCCCCGGCCUCCCCGCCUCGGCCGCGCGCCCGGCCAGCGCCUCCCCGAGGAGCCAGUCCCUGAGUCGCAAGGAGAGCGCCUCCCCGUCGCACCCAGCCCGGCCCGGGGCGCCCUCGGCUCGGGGGGCGCCGGGCGCAGCCUCCGCGGGGGGCCCCAAGCCAGGACCCAGAGGCAAACUGCAGACUCAGCGCGCAGCGGCCAAAGGCCGGGCCGGGGGCGCGGAGGGCCGCGCCGGGGCCAGAUAAUGACGCGCGCU